GAAAGAGAAACCCAUGGGCGGUAGGUUUAUUAGGGUAUCAUAUUACUACUGUAAUCUUCCUGGUAUAUAUUGAAGCCUAACACACACACACACACUACAUUUUCUUCCCAAAACACAUAGCUCUCUUUGGAGUCUUCUUGAGCCUCUCCUUGAUAACUCCGCUUAAUCCUCAAACUGUGAACAUGUCAACUGCCAGACUUCCUGCCACCUGUGUGGUAAAUAUUGCUCCUCAGACCCAAAGAAAGAGCGUUUUUGUUAAGAGCCCAUUGUCUCUAGGGUCUGCGAGGAGCAUUUCUAAAGCCUUUGGAUUGAAAGCAAGCUGUGCCUUUAGAGCAUCAGCAUCAGCAGUGUACAAGGUCAAGUUGGUUUGUCCGGAUGGUGUAGAGCAUGAAUUCGAGGCACCAUCGGAUACUUACAUCCUCGAUGCAGCUGAGAAUGCUGGAGUCGAACUCCCUUAUUCUUGCAGGGCAGGUGCUUGCUCAACAUGCGCUGGGAAGAUUGUAUCGGGAUCUGUUGAUCAAUCUGAUGGAUCUUUUCUGGAUGAUAAUCAAAUAGAGGAAGGCUAUUUGCUCACCUGUGUUUCUUACCCAACAUCAGAUUGUGUGAUUCAUACUCACAAGGAAUCUGAUCUUUACUAGUUAUUUUUAUGUCAAAUAAUGUGUAUGGUCUUGCUUAAGGUGAAGCAGUUGGGAAAUUGCUCCGUUCUUGAGAAUGGUCAGCUGUAGAGUUCAAUCAGGAACAUAUUGUGUUAAAAUGAUGUUUGUGUGAUGAAACCUUGUUUUAGCUCUUAUUGGUGAUAUAUGUUUCAGUUUGCUUAACAAUC